GCACGGACUCCAGCACCGCUUAUUAACCUCCGGGCUGCACAAAUACUGUCUUUAUUUUCCUCUGCGCAGAGUGUGUGAGGAGAGGAGUGUGUCUGAACAACAUGGAAAAGGAGAGAAGACCCUCUAAACAGUACGGCUCUCUGGAGAAGACGCAGGUGGAUGAAGCGACGGAGAAAUCAACAGAGGAUGUCGUUUCCAUGGCUGACUCCACAAUUACGAUCGAGGAUAUCGAAGGAGAGCUGUGCAAAAUCGAGCGCAUAAGAGACAUCCUCGUACGGAGAGAAUCAGAGCUGAGAUACAUGAUGGAUGACAUCCAGCUCUGCAGAGAAAUCACAAGGCUGAAGACUGAGCUGCAGAAACUCGUCUCGAUUCCAGACAACGACAAGUCCAAGGAGGACAGAGAGAGAGAAGAGGAGCUGCUGCAGCAGAUCAACAAGCUGGUGGAGACCAGAGACUUCCUCGUGGACGAUGUGGAGUUUGAAAGACUGAGGGAAAGAGAGGAGGACAGAGAAAUGGCCGCCUUCUUACAGUCCAAAUUUCCCAAGACACUGGCUGCGAAAGGCACGUUGCAGGAUCAGAGGGUGGCGUCCAAAUCUCAGCAGACAUCGGCGCCGUUCAUCACAAAAACUGGAAUCACGCUGCUGAAGGACUGCUGCGGCUUCACCUGCUCCAUCAUGUAACACUGACCAGGACACUGUGUGUGUGUGUGUGUGUGUGUGUGUGUGUGUGUGUGUGUGUGUGUGUGCCCUUCUCAGAAAGAUUACCUGCAUUAAUCUUCAUCAUGCCCGUUUGCAUAUAAUGUAAGAGACGUGUAUUAUAACAUAUUAUGUGAUUUGCUGUGAGAUGCUGUGGUUCGAUGUCGUGCAGAGAGGAAGCUGACCGCCUUAUAGUUAUACUAAUAAUGCUUUCUGUCCAAUUAGGGUCAUUAGAUAUUAUUACAACUGCUCCGACUUUGUAUUUGUGAUGUAAGUAUCUGUGAGGGAAGAAACUACACCUGCUGUAGAGUUGUAGCGACGUAUUAUAAUAACAUUGUUCAGACUGCAGCUUUUUUUUUUUUUUUCAUCUUCUUUCAUCUUUCAGUUAAUGUUUGGUCCAUAAAAGGUCCAGUUAGCAGCAGCAGUGUAUUGAGUUAAUAUAAGAUUACAGUUUUAUAAAUAAAACGAAAAUGCAGAACCCUGUACUUGAACAGAGCUGAACAAAUGUGAUGCAGAUUUAUGCAGAAAGUUUUUAUACUGCAAUGAAAUAUUGUUCAUUUGCUACUCAGUGACAACUUAAACCAAAGUCUUUGUCUGAUCUGAGUGUAGUUAGUGUUUUAAUGAUAGGCCUUUCAGUCAGUGUUUUAUUAAAAGAUUUUCACAUACACUCACUGGCCACUUUAUUAGGUACACCUGUUCA